AUGACCCGGCAUCAUUGGCGUUCAAUUUUCUCGUUGGGAUCGUUGCUCUUCCUUUUACCUUUGCGGUACACAGAUGCAGCUAAUUGGGCCCAAGUCAGUGGUGCAAAAUACACCAAUGUAGCGGUUCGAGAGAUCACGCCGUGGACAAGUCGACAUGGUCAUGCAGUGACAGCUUUAGACUUCAGUGAUGACUAUGAGCGCAGUACGGGACAGAAGGCUAGGCUUUUUGUAUUAGGUGGAGACUCGAACGUCCAAGGCUCACAGGACCUGAGAGCGUAUCCUGGCGGUGGUGCAAUGCGCAACGACGUAUGGAGUACAACCGACCCCACUUGGAAUUUGCAGACAAAUAUCCUCAAAACUACCAAGUGGGGGGAUCCUCUACCUCAAAUUGUAUCCAAUGUAACGUGGCUACAGACCAAUAACGGCAAGCGACCACCUCGAGGUGUGACCUACACAGAGUGGAUCUCCUGUGCUACCGCUGCUUGGGCUGUCCAUCCUCCUUCAGGAUGUGAUGACCCCACUAAACCUCCUGGUGCAUACUUAGCUGAUAACAUGUUUUCUCCUCGCCGAAACUUCGUCGCUCUUGCCUUCCAGAACGAGCUCUUUGUCUUCGGUGGUCGAGCUCGUGAGCAUUUUCCAGUACCCCAGUCGCAACAACGCGGUGGUACGGGGCCAGGCACUAUGGCUCCACUCAACGCUAGAUGGAUGGAGUUUGCCGUGCUAAAGAACGACGUGUGGUGUAGCAGUGACGCCGGCGCAUCGUGGAAACUUGUGACUCCAGGGUGCGCUUAUCCACAGAGCGCUUUAGUGCACAAAGCUUCACGUCCAGAGCUUCAAUGUGAGGAUGACGACCAGUGUGAAGGUGACGCAUCAUGUCAAGUAGACGAGGCGACAGCAACCGGCUUUUGCGUCUGCAACAUGUGGUCGCCACGUGAGUUCCACGCUGUUGCAGUGUUCAAUAACGCCCUGUUUUUGUCUGGAGGAUUCGCGUUAGUUGAGUUAGGCAACUGCGGUGUCGAAGAGAACGCUCGCAAACGCCCAUCAGGCGAAGAGUAUGCGUGUAGUGGCGGCUAUCGCGCAUAUUUGAACGACAUUUGGACAUCCACAGACGGUCAACACUGGAAGAUGCUCACCCCUCACGCAGAGUUCACUCCUCGUGGUGAACAUUCGAUGGUGGUAUUCAACUCUCUACUGUAUAUUUUCGGUGGUCGUACCGGGGCUUCAAAGACAGAGGAAGGAACAGGACAAGCACAGACAGAGCUAUUGAAUGACAUUUGGGUCAGUGCUACUGGGUCUACCUGGACUCGAGUAACAGAGGCAGCGCCAUGGACACCACGAGCAAAGCAUGUGACUCUAAUGCUGCCAGGCGCUACAGAUCAAACCUCAGGCGAUGACCCAGAUGAUCAACUGAUCUUGAUGUUCGGAGAGGAUGCAGAGCGAACGCUGGAAGAUGUUUGGGUCUGGAAAGGAGGGAACUCCAAUUGGAUCAAAGAUUACUCGUCCGAUACCGCGUUUGUGGAGUAUAUAAGACCCACAAGUGACGUGUCGUAUCUGCGGACAAUGGUGGACACACACGCUCUAGCGCUGGGUGUUGCUGGGGUGAAGACGGUUCAAGACCUUACGAGUCUUUCAUUCGACCAAACAAUAGCUCUACGUGACCUAAUGCCAAUUUGUGACUACAUUGCAUUGGCCAAACUUGUGGUAGAACAAUGUACCAUACAACCGUCAGAGUAUGAAGGGCAAGAGUUUGCUCAUGUCAAGGUGAUCCAAGGAGCCAAUGGCGACGCGGAAGCAGCAGAAACAACUGCUACAACUCAAGACGAGACCAACUGGGACGGCUGUACACACAUUGGCAGUAAGGUGGUAGACACCAGAACUGGUCGUCUCCGGUGGGGUGACGUACUGGGGGUCGAUCAAGUCCAGGUCCUUCGAGACGUGUUUGUUGAUGUGCAAGAGAGUAUUUGCCAAUGGAGACCCAAGCCACGAUCGGGUCAUGCCGGUGUAGUCUUCAAGCGUAAAGUGCUCGUUCUAGGUGGCCUUACAGCGCCAGACUACUACGACAACGACGUCUGGUAUCGGGAUGCUCGUCGACCACGUGCACAGUUCACGUUGUUCCCUACAAGUGGCAGUUCGGACACUGUGUUUAAGUUUGAAAGUGACAAACCUUACUCCGUCUUCGAGUACUUUUUACUCGAUACAGUGGAGCAGCUCGUCGUGCGUAACUGGACGGUAACUCUAGGCGAAGUCGAUUUUGAGAGUUGGCUUGACUCCGGUACUUUUCGGAUGCGUGUCCGUGCUCGAGACCCUGCUGGUAAUGUGGACGAGACGUUCGAGGACGGUCGAAAUGAACACACGUGGGUGUACGAGCGUCCACUACCCUGGGGUCUGAUCAUCGGUCUGUCUUGCGUCGGGUUAGUGCUGCUGAUUGGCUUCUUGAUGGAGUGGCGGAAGCGCCGCAAACGCGCAGCCAUGGAGCGCUACGCCAUGAAACGUAUGCGUCGCAAGCUCAAGAAGAAGAAUGCUGCAGUAACUAUUGCAAAGGAAGGAGAUCCGAAUUGGCGCGAGACGUAUGACAAGGCCAAAGACGGGAAGAAGGGCAAAAAAGGUAAGAACGCGACUGCAAAGACGAAACCCACCACAGCUAAGGACAAGAAGGACAAAACGAAAAGUAAAUCUAAGGAUAAAACGACGGACAAGAAGGUAAAAUCCAAGACGAAAAGCGGGAAAAGUAGCAGGAAGAACAAGACGAAGAAGACUGAGAAAACGAACGACAAAGCGAAAAAAUCAAAGACGGCGGACGCCAAAUCGAAGUCUAAGGACAUAUCAGUGAAGAAGAAGCCGAAAGAUAACACGAAGACAGUCGAGAAGCGGCCCGGUAAAGCAAGCAAGAAAGAGAAAUCUGACAAGAAGAAACACGGCGACAAGAGUAAAAACUCCGAUAAGAAGAAGUCGAAGUAA